AUGUUGGCUCAGUAUCGCAUGCUCCAGCAGAGGAAGCUCGUCCUGUCGGCGAAGCUGCAGGAGAGGGCUCGGGAGUCGGUCUUCCUCGAGAGCCCAUCAUCGGCCAUCUCAGCCGCCGACCUUUCACCGUUCUCUCGAACAUUGCCGGUUGCCAAGCUUACGCGCCGACGAGCUUCGUCUGAUUUCAAUGAGCGUAUGGAGGGUGUGGAUGAUAUGACUCUCUUGCGGAUACCAUCAUCUCCCACUGACCUUCGCCGCCGGGAUUCUAGUACUGUUGACGACGUCAGAGAGGGAGAACCUCUACAGAGGACGCUCGAAAGAGUGAUUCAAGUUGAGAGGGAAUGCCAUACUUCUAAGGAAGCUCUCUCUCAAAAGUGUGAGGAAUAUCGGGCAGCUCUCAACGAGUGCCGAGAGCUGGAGGAAGUUAAACGGCGUUAUGUUGAGCAGACAACGCAGUUCAUAUCGGAUAUGGAAGUGACCAUCCAAGAGCUGGUGGAUCAGCUUAUCGCCCACGACAGCUCUCUCCCAGGUGGUCUCAUUGAAAGCAUUGAAAGUGUUCUGUAA